AUGGCUCGCCCAGCACUCAGGCCGCUGGCCCUUUUCCGGCAGCAUCAGCGCCAAAUUUCCACCUCGGUACCGCUUCUCGCGGCGACGCCCUCACCGGUCCAGGUCCCCGUUAGCCUGAUCGCCUCGUUGCGCAAGCUCCGCCCUGUCCCCCUCUCCCUCGCUCGAGAAGCACUUCAAAAGUCAAACAACAACAUUGACUCUGCCCUCUCCUACCUCGACUCAUCCUCGUCCGCAUCUACAACCAAAAAGGCCGAAAAAGUCUCGGGGCGAUCGACGUCAGAGGGGGUCAUCGCGAUCUCGCUCUUGGGCGGGAAGCGGGUGGGGAUGGUGCAUGUGGGGUGCGAGACGGACUUUGUCGCGAGGAAUGAUAUCUUCUUGAAGACGUCAAGGAGUAUAGCGGGGACAACGGCGUUCCUGGAUGUACCGGGGGAGAGGGAGCCGUCACCUGCUUCUACAGACGCACCGCCUAGUACGGCGGAUCCUAUCCGGGACUUCCCGGUCUCGGCCUUGAUGGAAGCUCCCAUCAUCUCUCUCCCCUCCUCGGAUGGCGCGCCCGCCGCCAAUACAAAUCCUACCCCUACCACCGACCCCACUACCAUCUCCCAAAGCCUGCUUUCUACCCUUUCCCAAACCGGCGAGAACCUUCGUCUACUCCGCGCAGUCUCCUUUGCUGCACCCUUCCCUUCCUCUCCCCUCAUCCGGUACGUGCCCGGCGCAUAUGCACACGGUGGCUCGAGCUCGUCCGAGGGCAAGGUGGGCGGAAUAGCGGUUAUCAGUGCCCAGAGCAGGGAUAGUGAGAAGCCAAUGGCGGCGCGCAUACAUGGCGUUGGAGGGGAUCAGCUGGAAAAGGAUCUGCUGGAUUUGGCGCGGACAGUGGCGAGGCAGGUAGUGGGGUUCCCUACCAUGCGGAUAUCAGCUGGCGAGGGCGGAGAAGGAGAAGAAGAGGCGUUAUUGAGCCAGCAGGCAAUGAUGUUUGGGAAGCAGGAGCCGGUCGCGCAAGUCUUGGAGGAAUGGGGAGCGGGGAAGGGUCUGAAGGUGGAUGUAGUGGGCUUCAGGAGAUGGGCUGUGGGGGACGACUUGACGGAGGUUGCUGCUGGAGAUCCGCAAGCCCAGGCAGUAUAA